AUGCAGAUUACUGAAAAUGGAGGUGUGACAAUUAAUACAGAAUCACCUUUUGCUGAUGAUGGGACAGAAUUAGGAAGUAACUCAAAGUUAGAGCCUAAUGUAGAGGAUAAUAUUAAAGCAAAAUUAGAAUUGCUUUCGGAUGAUGAGUUAUUGGAAGAAGAGUGCCAGAUUAAAUUAUGCCACUCGUCACAGGCUACCAAGAGCACAAAGGAGGUGGCAAUGAAGGACACACACGGGAGCGGCGAAGAGUUCCCGCACUUUGCUCGGGGUUCGCCGACUGCGCGGUCUGCCCACAGGCUAACUAGCUUGGACAGCGCAGGGCUCGUCCCUGCCGUGCCCGCCGCCCUUCGGCUGACGCCCUUCCGCUGCGCAGGGCCCGCCCACGCCUGCCACGGCGGAAGCCGCCAAUCGCCACGUGGGCCACACACGAGACUGCUGCUGCGCGGCCCCCACGCAUACACGGCAGGUGAAUCUGCGGGAGCCCGGCUGGACGGCGGCUCGUCUGAGGCGACGCUGGUGGUCCUGCGGUGUGCCAGUAGCUGUUCAAGUAGUGCGCCAUGCAGCUCCUCCUGUUUGGCUAGGAAGACUUCCACGCGCUUUGAGUUAGCUGCAGGAGAUAACCCGUUGCGUCAUUUUUUUGGCAAGAGCAGCAACAAGUUCCUGGAGUUGUCGCUGGCAGCCUGUGAUCACUGCUUAUGUGUCUCCCACACUGGGAAGGAGAACACCGUUCUGCGAGCCAAGGUGCAACACGACCAUGUUUCGGUGAUCCCCAAUGCUGUCGACAUGACAGUUUUUGUGCCAAAGCCAAAGUCGGAGAACAACAGUGUAAAUAGGAUAACAAUUGUCAUUGUGAGCCGACUGGUGUACCGAAAAGGAGUCGACCUCACGGCGCAGAUCGUCCCAGAAAUCUGUUCCAGGCACUCUGAUGUGGACUUCCUGGUGGUAGGCGACGGGCCGAAGCGGUGGCUGCUGGAGGAGACGCGGGAGCGGCACUCGCUGCAGGAGCGCGUGACGCUGGUGGGCAGCCUGCCCCACGACCGCGUGCGCGACGCGCUGGUGGAGGGCCAGCUCUUCCUAAACACGAGCCUCACCGAAGCCUACUGCAUGGCCAUCGUGGAGGCUGCCGCCUGUGGGUUGCUGGUUGUCAGCACCAGAGGUGAUCUGAUCUACGUCACAGAACCCACUGUGCCAGCUCUCCUGGAAGGCCUGGAGGCAGCUCUGUCGGACCUGAGGAGCGGCCGGGGCCCGGACCCCUGGAAGCGGCACGCUCGCGUCUCUGCCCUGUACAGCUGGCCCGACGUGCCGCGGCGCACCGAGAAGGUGUACCGCACAGUCGCCAGUUCCCCUACGCACACAUUGGGGCACCAGAUGAGAAGUUACGCUGCCAGCGGAGUGUGGCCUUUCCUGCUGGUGAUCUCGCUGUGCCACCUCGUCCUACAGCUGUUCGACUGGCUGGUGCCACGACAGUACAUAGACACUGCUCGAGACUACAUCAACCCCGUAAGGGGAAACGGCGCAGCUGGUGACCAGUGGCUAUGGAAGCCGCAGGCGCGCAAGAAGAAGCCCGCGUGA